AGUGAAAGCAAACAAAUUGAAGAAGUUGCGAUAGAAAGAAAGAGACAAAAUGAUAGUAGUACUAGUAUACAUUGUAGAGGAGUUGUCUACUACUGCUACUACUACUACGUCUACGUCCACACCACGCAUCGGUAUCGCAUCCCUCAUCUUACCCUUUUCUUGUCUCUUCAACUGAUUUCAAUCUGGAUUUUCUCUCCUCUUUUCCCUUUCCCCAAAUAAAUCCCAUUUCACACCUUUAGUUUCUUCUAAUCUUCUUCGUUUAUCGCUUCCACAAAUGGCAAAACAAAUCAACUCUUUUGAAUCAGAGAUGCCUGGCAAUUCCAUAACGUGAGGUUAAAAGUUUUACAGCAUCUGGUGUCCAGUCUGCUUUUGAAUUCUUGGAGAAAAGUGGGUGAAUCAAUUUUCUUUUCCAUUUAUUCUGCUGGUUAUGGAGUGGAAUUCAAAAGCUUCCUCAUUAUGGGACUGGGAGAACCUUUUUGAGCUUGAGGCGAAAGCAACCGAGAAUCCUAAGAAGCUACUACAACGAAUGGAUUGCUUUGUUGAAGUAGAUCGAGGAAUUAGCUCCGGAUCUCUCCAUUCACCUGGGGAUGGUGGGGGUAGCAGCGCAGGAACCGGUGGUUCAGGUUCCGAUUUGGGUCAUGCUUCAUCGAAGAGCUCCAUAUCGGCUUCCAUCAAUUCUUCAUCAAUUGGGGAAAGCAAGACAUCCAACAAAUUUACUCUCGACGGUUUCGAACCUUUUCCAAAGGAUUCAAGGAGUGAAAAUGAGUCUGCCCGAGUUCAACAACCUAGAUCUUCACCAACACCUGAAAUUUCAGCUGGCUCUGGUGAGCCAUUGCUCAGUUUAAAGUUGGGCAAGCGGAUGUACUUCAAAGAUAUUUGUUCAGAAAACAACGCCAAGUCAUCCUCAGCCCCGUCUGUAGCACCCAUGUCAUCUGCUACAACGGCUAAGAGAAGCAAGUCCACUUGCCAGAGUAAUUUCAUGCCUCGCUGCCAAGUUGAAGGCUGCAACCUUGAUCUUUCCUCGGCAAAAGAUUACCAUCGAAAGCAUAGAAUUUGUGAAAGUCAUUCCAAAUCUCCAAGGGUCAUUGUAGGCGGUGUGGAGCGUCGGUUUUGCCAGCAGUGUAGCAGGUUCCACGGUCUGUCUGAAUUUGAUGAAAAGAAGAGAAGCUGUCGAAGACGUCUUUCAGAUCACAACGCAAGGCGCCGCAAGCCACAGCCUGAAGCCGUCCGGUUAAAUCCAGCGAGACUUUCUUCACUAUAUGACGAGACACAGAAGAUGAGCCUUGUGUUUGACCAAGCCCCGCGCCUUUAUACAAGGCAUGCUGCAAAUUUUACAUGGGAUCAUAGCACUGAUAGCUCUAAGUUGGCGCAUACAAGAGAGUACUUGUCAAGGCCUGCGAAAACAGGAGCCGCACCUGGACAGAUUUUUUUGCCCAACAAUGAAAUGCCUAGCAGUAUUUCCAUGCUUUAUCCUCAGGAUUCCGGUAGACUAACGCCAAAUAAAAACACUGCCCCUGAGGUUCUCCACUCAGGGUUAGAAGAAUCUGUGGUGUCGACAGAGCUAAAUGCGACACAGGAUCUUCAUCGUGCUCUCUCUCUUCUGUCAACUAGUUCAUGGUGUUCGCGCGAAACAAAGAUUGUUUCUCUAGAUACUUGUUCUACCGCCCUCAACAACACAAAUCACCAUAGCAGCUGCAGCAACGGCAUGGUUCAACCCGCGAUGCAUCAAAUGACCACCACACAGACUCAAGGCUUUCCUUUUGCUUCAGAGUUCUGGCAGACCCAACAGCCAACAGCUAUUGAUGCGGCAUUUCCACCUACCCCCCACACACGCAGUAAUAGUAAUGCCAAUGCCACCACCCACUUUCAAGAUCUCCAUUUGAUCAAACCUCCCGGUGACACUGCUUUUUAUUCCCAUCACUUCAAGUAGUUCACUCUUCUUGACCUCUUUUUAACUUUCCAGUUGUAUUUUGAUUUGUAAGACCGUAUAAUCUCACGCUUGUAGAGGUAACUUUCCCUCACUGUUUGCUUAUAAGCGUCAAGUGUUUUAUUUGUUACCCAAUUUAAACGAAUAUGUCGUUCAUCUUUAGGUGUUGGGGGUGAAGCGAAACAUACCUUAAAAAUUGAAAAAAUUUACGUCUCUUUUUU